AUGGAUGUUAGCAUUUGUCUUUUAUUUGUACUGUUCGAUAAUAGUUGAAUCAGUGAAAUUCUUUAGGGUGGUAUUGUCAGUCAUUCCUACAAUUGUAGGACGCCUUUAUGGCCUCCUUGAUUUUCAUAGUCUCUUCUCUCCUUCAGAAAGGCUGGGGUAUUUCUAGAUUUCUACUGUUCCGUGUCAGCGCUUUCGUAUUGUGAGGUUAUGUUUUCUUUUCGAAUUGUAGGAAAUUUCAGGCUUAUAAAACGGAUCUAAAUCAAAAGCAUUAACAAGUUGAUGCUGAUAUUUGUGACAUAACCUCAAAAUAGAGCACUGACACGGAAAAGUAGAAAACCAUGAAAGUCAAGGAGGCUAUACAGCACUUAGAAUUGGGCAUUAGAAUAAAUUUCUGAGUUAAAUGGCCAUAAACAUAUUUUAUUAACAAUUAUUUUCGUUAAUUUAAUAUUUACGCAGCGUAGACCUCGCAUCCACUACGUUGGCACUUCCGUGCUGCCGCCUAGUCCGAUUCGGCCGACUUUAGUCUCGCACCUGCGCCGUGAAUCAGUAAGUUUGUUUUCUGUUGUGAUGGCGGCUGCACGUGAUUCUCGUUUAGAUGGUAUGUAA